AGAGAGCUGCUCCACUCCAGCACACACAGCGCAGAUCCGCUCUCUCUUCGGAGACACAGUGUCCCGCAGCUUGAAGAGUUUCUCCGCGCUUUAAUGAGGCUCCGUGGCUCCGCGGAGCGGCGGAGGGAGACGGGGGAGCCGGGGGAGGAGGCGCGGGGAGGCCGCGGAGGGGCUCCGGAGGCACCGAGAGAGCGAGAGAUGGCGGCGGGAGGAAUCACCACGCUCCCCGCUUUACCGGAGGACGGCGCCAGCGGAGGCUUUCCUCCGGUGAACUUCAAGGAGCCCAAGCGGCUUUACUGCAAGAACGGCGGCUUCUUCCUCCGGAUUCAUCCCGACGGUCGAGUGGACGGCAUCCGCGAGAAGAGCGACCCACGCAUUCGGCUGCAGCUCCAGGCCACAGCCGUCGGUGAAGUGGUGAUCAAAGGGAUCUGCGCGAACCGUUACCUCGCCAUGAACGCGGACGGACGACUGUUCGGAACGGUGAGACGCUCUCAUUAUCUAACAGCUCUCAGGCUUUACCUAAUUAAUACACAGUGCUGGAGAGUAACUAGUUACAUGUAG